AUGGCUAUUUACCAUACAGGGCUGAGUGAAACCCUCUUGGAUGAGUUGGCAAGAAUGGACCCCCCCCCCAGUUCCCUGGAGGCGUUGAUGCAAGCGGCCUUGAGGUUUGAUCAGAGGAAGCAGCAGAGUUGUGAGCCCUCAUCGACUCAGGUUCCUCAGCAGAUUUUCUUGAUGUCGAAUUUGCUAAGGAACAGGGCAUACCCAUGCAGAAACUGUCGAAUCCUUUGGAAGUACAGACCAUUGAUGGAAGACCCCGGUGUCUGGGGUGAUUUCUCACACUACUGUGCUGUUGUCCCUGGAGCUACCAGUUCGUCGAGAGCAAGCUACCUUCCACUUGGCAAAGUUGGCCACGUUUUCUACCUCCCCUUAACCGGUGUACAAGGAUACACCAGUUGUUGUUGUUGCUGCUCUUGGUGUUACACCACUGAGGUUCAAAAUCCUAAAAAUCACGCCUCUGUUGGUGACAUACAUACACGUGAGGAAAAUGGGGCAUGUGUGAUUGAGCAAGAGAUUUGGAAAAACUAGAGAGCUCCCUUCAGAUUACCGGAUUGCAGGUGGGCUGCUUGCUUUCCUGUGACUCGCCAUUCCCAGUGCACCACUCAACAAGAAAUAAGUAUGAUUAUUUUGCUCUUAUUAUUUUGUCUCACAGAGCACAAUGCUCCACGGAGAUAACGUCGGAACUAGUAAUUAUCUCAGAUUGCUGGGUUUCAUCAUCCAUCUUGCCAAAUCUCAUCUAAGACCAUGAACACAGUCAGAGUGUAAAGCUUAUAUCAAAUAAACGCUGUGAAAUUCAGAGCCCCAGUGAGAAAUUCUGAACACACAGGAUCUCAUGGGUCAGAUCUUUGGCACAUCCCAUUUAUCAAAAUAAUCCAGAGCCAAUAAACCUAGUGCAAUUUAUGGUGGAUGAGAGAUAAAUUUGCCGUUCUGCAUAACUGUUGGUCAAGAUGAGAGAAGCAUUUCUGCUGCUGAUUCUUCUCUUCCUGUGGCUCCAGAUGCCUCCAACUGAGUGCAAGGAAGACUCCGAGAGAUGCACCAUGACGGAUCCUGUCCAGCUUCCAUACCAGAAUUAUCAGAGAGGGGACCUGAUCAUUGGAGGAAUUAUUAAUACUUUUGGCUAUGCAUCUGAAGAAAAAGAUUUCCAGGACCAUCCAAACACAGAAUUUACAGAUCAACUUUUGUAA